AUGGUCGCCAACUUCCCAAACAAGUCCGACAAGAACUCCCGCCGAAGGGCUCCAACUUUCAGCAAUCUAGCUUACCUUCGCCGCACAAUGGCAGCGCAAGGUCUCAUGCCAGCCUCAGCCAGGGCAUCAACAGUCCGCCCACGUGCAGUCGGAACUAUCGUCAGGGUCAACGCGACCCAGACACCACCCAGCUCAGACGCCGCCACUUUGACUCGGCUCCGAGCUCAGGCGCAGGCCCUCCGAGCCGUCAUAGAUCGCCGGCAGGCUCAAAUCGAGGCCCUCAGACGGCAGGCUCAAAUCGGUGCCCUCAGACGGCAGGCUCAAAUCGAUGCCCUCACACGGCAAGUGGCCGACACCGCCGCCCGAAUUAUGCAACUGCGCCAAGCUGGCAUCACUCCUACUGCUCAGCCGAACGAGCUGAACAUUCAAACCCGCCUCGGAGCCAUAGCUGAGCGCAUCCCAGCCCUCAAGCCGCUCGUCGAUGGUAUCAGAGCUCGCGUGGAAAAGCUUCGCACCAUCCCGGCAGACCAUCGACCUUUGUACCACGAGGAAUUCCGUGCCAACUUCGUGCAGAUUCAGCAGGUCAUGCAUAUGGCAGCUCGGCAUGACAUUGCUCGUGCCAAUGCGGCUUUUCAAGCUGCGGCAGCUGCGCGCGCGGCAUCGUCAGCUGCAGCUGUAUAUCGUGCGGGAUCGGGAGCGCAGACAGCAGUGCCUGCAGCAAGGAGAAGCCUGCCGGGGCAAGGCCUCCGUCUGACCUUCGCAAUGGUACCAUUCGACUCCGUUCCGCUCACCACUCAAUGCGAGGCCCUCGACAAAGCAUUUGGCAAUGCACCCAGCACUCAAAACGGUACAGCCACGGUCAUGACUCCCCGCCCUUUCCGCUUCACCAUCGAGAUCUUGACCGCCGCAGAUACAUGGACAGUCCAGAAGGCUGGUUUCGUUCCUGACCUCGCUGCGGCGCAAGAGAUGAAGACUAAAGCUGUGCGGCAGUUUCUCGAACAUGCAGUGAAGCCUGCUGAUGCCUGGCGCAAGAACGAGGCGGUGAGGAUGUCGCGAAUGCCAUUCUGGGUCGACAUUGACGUUCGGAUCAUCAAUGAGAAUGGCCAAAUGGUGAAACGCAGGAAGCAGGUGGCCAGGAUCUAG